GGUUACCUGAGCCUAAACGGUUGGAAAAUUUUACCCCCUUAAAAUAACGGGCACCCCCUUAAUUUUCUCAGGGACUUAUCCCCGACUAGUUUUGGUGAGAAGUAAGGUGUCAGAUAGAUGGGACCAACCUUGGAGAGUUCUUGUGCCGUUUACAAUUAAUUCAAUUCUGCGGCGUUGUUCUCCAUGUGGUCGGAAAAAGAAGGUUCGUUAACUAGGGAUCAGAAGGUACUGUUGCUCUUAUUAUAUCAAGUUUACUGAAUGAAUUUCGGUAUUUCGAUGAUCAAAAUUAAUUGGCUGCAACGAGUGCUUAAGGGAGAGUUUACUUUAAUCUAGGGUAGGAAUAUCUAACUGAAGGAAACUUAAAUCUCAUCGUUGAGCUUUGAAAACAAUACUUCAAAACAGUACUAUUGAACAAUCAAUAAAUUCAACGCAAUGGUAUGUUGAAUAUUUGCGGACGGAAACCUUGGAUGAGCUAGAAUUGGCCCUGAAUCGCUUUCAAAGCUGUUUUUAUAAAAAAUGCGUCCUUCUUUUAUUUUAAAUCCUAAAUUAACUUUUAUCAUUCAAACUUUCAACUCGUUCAAAACUAUUUGACAUGUAGGUCGCUCACACCUCGGAUUUUGCAUUCAAGUUUCUCAGUUGCUCAGAAACUCUUACCGCUAAAGCUAGAAUUUUUCUCAUUUAAAAUCCCACAAAAAGAAAGAAGAAGAGUUUCACUUAAUUCGUCCACAACGCGGAUAUAAUGGGAACUGACAAUAGUAUCAUACAGAAUUGCGAAUUAGUGAAAAUUUAUUUUGACUUAUUUUAUUCUUUGCCAUAGUUACUUGUCGUUUUUUGCUGUUUUUUUGGUUAAUUAAUUUAAUUCGACUUUCUCUUAAGAUAAAGACUCGAUAAGUCAAGGGUUUUUGGUCAUUUCAGGGUGAAUACUUCUCUAUGCAGGUGUCUGUAGAAUUUAUGUUGAAUAUCAUUUCAUCUCAUUAAAUUGCAAAAUGGUUGAACGUUUUCUACAAAUUUCAUGUUAAUAAGUACUCUAUAUAUCUGACUGUAUUUUUAAUACUUAAACAUGGCUACAGAAAUUUCUCUCAUACACCUUUACCGACUCUUAUAGAGCACGUUUUUUUUUCAUUGUUACUCUAUUUAUUUAUUUCUAUCGAAUGUUUACUAAAUAGGUAUAUCAUGAGUUUCUCACUGGGUAUUAACCAACCCCCCCCUAAAAUACGCUUUUCAUAACAUCCCAUCAUUCAUUCAUUCAUUCAUUCAUUCAUUUAUUCAUUUAUUCAUUCAUUCAUUCAUUCAUUCUUUAUUUUGCCAUAUAUACAAAGUUUUACAACGCAAGAUGGAAAUAAUAUGAGAUUAAAGAAAAAGUAAUUGGCGAGGAGACCUGAAAGAAACCACGAGGCUUAUAAUGAUUCAGGUCUCCUCAACUUAAGAUAAACUAAUCUUGAUAUAAUAAUUACAAUAUGGGCUUAUUAAAGAUGGCUAACCUUGACCGCGGACUCAGACACACACACAUGUUAAUUGAAUUAAUCCAAUAAUCUAAUUAGGGCCAUACUGAAGCUAAUAUGUACUAAGAAUAGCUUCCCACGCUGACGUUCUUAUGGGGGUUCGUCACGCGUUCCUGCCCCACGAACGCCUGCUGGACUAAAAGAUAAAUUCCUUUCCCAUUGUUCGCAAAUAUCGGCCGGCGAUCACAUGCAGAUUAUCGGAGAUCCAAUCGGCGCUGUUGUAGUCAAAGUGUUGACAAGCCAAACACGUGCGUACAAGCUCUGUAGAGUGUGAUACGUGACCAAAGAUUUUUGCUCCUGACGAGAAUAUAGGAGAUAAGCGUUUGCUUUUUGUAUAUUUCUCUCUUUAAAGGCUGGAUUAGAUGUUAUUUGCUCAUAAAGGUGUUCUUUGGGUGAUGCAACGGCGGGGUUACCUUGUAAGACUGAACAAAAGGCAGAAUUUUUUUUCACACGUUAUUGUUUUGUAGGUAGUGUUUUUCGUGGGGCAGGAACGCUUGACGAACCCCUAAGAACGUCUGCGUGGGAGGCUAUACUAUUGGAAGAAGGAAUUCUUUAAGCUUUCUUUUAAAAGAAGCGGAAGAGGACGAACCAGUUAUAGUAGAAUACAGCGAAUUAUAAAACUUUGGACCUUGGAAAAAAAUUGAGAACUGUCUGGUGUUCGUUCUGCAUAGUUGAAAGCGAAAUGAGUAUUAAAAGUAUGGAUUUGACUGUUUAUUAUAAUUAUUUAGGAUUUGGAAGGGAGUGUACAGUUCUUGAGUGAAAACAUAAAAAAACCUAAUUGAAACGACUGGACAUCAUGAAACUAGUGUUGGCAUCGUAGGUAGAGUUGUUCACUAUUCUUGGGGCGCGUUUCUGUAAGAUUACAAUUCUUUAAAGGUUCGCUUUAUAGGUGCCACCCGAAGCUAGAUUGCAAUAGUAUAAGUAUGGAAGUAUCAUUGAACUGUGCAAGGUACGGAGAGAUUGUGUUGAGAGAAAAAACCUAGAUUUAUGAAUGAUUGCUAUGGAUUUUGAUAAUUUACUGGCUAAUAGAGAUAUGUGAGGUUUCCAGGUCAGAUUAUCAUCUAAAUUCUCUCUGUACGCCUGUUUGAAACCAGCGCGCGUAUUAUACUGAACUCGGCUCUCGUAGUAGGUUGUCUUAAGAGUUUUUUUUGGCUGCCCUGAGCGAGUAUUCCGGAAGGCAUCAUCAAGCGUUUUGCAAGGAACAAUUCUCACGAUUGGCAAAGUCUGCUGCGUCUAAUAUCUACUCGUAAUUAGUCUCAUUUGGCAACACGGGGGAAGACUGAUUCCAGGCUUUAGAUGGAAAGACUUGAUAUUGUGAGCUUUGUUUUUGGCAGUGCAGUAAAAAGUCUUUGGCCACAGAAAAUAAGUUCUAGGAGUGAAAACUAUUCGGCGAGAUCGAAAUUGCUGCUGAUUUCUGACAAGGAUCGAGACUUAGUCGAAUCCAGUACAAAAAUUCAGGCUUUCUUUUUGCAACUGCAAAAGUUGCGUCUAUAGCUGCGAUGAUCUCCUUUCUUAUAAUUCUUCACCUCGCAGUUCUCUUAUAUGAUUUUCACUUAUUCAUAACAUGAUCAUUCUUUCACGGGUUUAUAACGAACCAAUUCAACUAAGCUCAACUGGUAGAGCGCUGCACCGGUAUCGCAGAGGUCAAGGGUUCGAAUUCCGUACAAGCCUAAAUUUUUUCAGGCUUUCUUUUCGCAAAUGCAAAAAUUGAGUCUAUAACUGCAAUUAUCUUUUUUCAUAUAAGUGUUCUAAUUGCCGCGAAAGUGAUUUAUUGUGUGAUCUACCGAAGGCGUUGACAGACAAAACUCAGGCAUGUGGUUGAGUUCGUGUUACGAGAAUUCUCUGUGCCAGGCUUAAAAACGCUUCGUGAGUGUUUAGUUUAGGUGAUUUUGUCUUAGAAAGCUUACCCUGUGCUCAGAGAUGGUGGAUUCUUAAUCUGUUUUCAGCACACACUUAGCUAUAUAUGGGCCUCAUGGUUUUACUGACCAAAAGGUGAAUUUCGGAAAGUAUCAAAUGUUGUUUCUUUCAUCGCAAAAUCCUGUCACUCUUGCGAGAGAAAUUUACCGUCUGUUGCCCCAGCAAUGAAGUUAGAUAGAUAGAUAGAUAGAUAGAUAGAUAGAUAGAUAGAUAGAUAGUUAGAUAGAUAUUCUGUUUAUUUCACCCAUUUUAUAAGUUACAAAGUCAUUAAUUCUUCUAGUAUGACCAUGUUGACGUCUUGGAAGUUGGACCCUUAUACUGUCAUGAGACUCAAUAGCGGCAGGAGAGGGGAUGAUGUUCUUAAGGGGGGAAAUUUGGCGUGCAGUAGCCAUAAACCGCUUACAAGCUCCUACUCUCCUUUCACUAAGGGACUCCAGGCCGGCCAAGACCAAGGCCUCCGUAUAGUCUACCCGGCCAAAUAUUAUUUUGAGAGCUUUCCGCUGAACAGACUCAAUUAACUCGUCCAGAUUUAAAGGGAUCGCAGCCCAAACUGGCGAGGCGUACUCAACAAUGGAUCUAACAAUACUACAGUAGACUAACACGAGAUCGUUAGUGCCCAGUCUCUCUUGAGGGUCCGCAGCACAAACAAUCGCUUAGUAGCUUUUUUAUGGAUACUGUCACAAGGUUCGUUCCAAGAGACGUCAUUAGAGAUAAUAACCCCCAAGAGUUUAUAACUAGAUACUCUAUCAAUGACUAUGCCAUUAAGUUGAAUCGGUGUUAUUACAGUGGGUUGAUACUUUAAAAAAUUGUUAACCAUAUCUUUACAUUUUUUAUUAUUAAGCCGCAUGUUACGCAUGGAAGUGUAGGUGUUAAUUUUUGCGUUAAUAUUUGUCAUUGUUAAGCCUCAGCUAGUGACUUUUAACUGCUUUCCAUUCGACUUAGAUGUCAAAUGGUUAAGUUAAAAUGCACUUGAAAUUUUUUUAGCCAAGUUUUAGCAAAUACAGACAGAUAAUACUGAAUAUUAAUAAUAAUGGAAACUUUAUUUGUUUGCUUGAAAUUGAAAUAUUCAAUAAUUAAAAAAAAAAAAAAAAAUCAAAAUUGCAUUAAGUAUAGGCUAUCCCAAUUCCUAUUUCUACAACAUAAGAUGUACUAUGUUGCUUUAGUGGCUAUAUUUAUCAUUUUUAUAUAUCAUUGUAUAAUGUUGCCGCUUUUUGUCAUUGCCAAUGUCAUUCGUCAUGUUAAGGCUCGAUCUCUCAUACAACUUUCUGGAUAUCUAGAACAGUAUCCCUUAGCAGUGUGUUAACAUAUGUAUGUAAAACACCAAACCAUUGCUACUUUCAACUGCACAAAUCCACACCAAGCAAUAAGGCACUCGAGACAAUAAAAACGCACCAGACAAUACAAACGCAGGUAUCGUGCAAGUUCAUUAUCAUUUUGGCCACUCAUUGAAUUACAGGUGAAUGUAUGCUCUGUUGGCGAAUUGCUUCCAAUGGAACUAUCAGAUAUUCUCCUGCCAGAAUAUCCAGUGGUUAAGGGUUGUCGACCGAUUGACAAGUUUCAACCAAAUCUAUACGAGGCUAUAAAGAACGAGGAUUUAGAGGAAUUUAGGCGAAUACUCAGUUCCCCAAGAGAAAGCAACGACCUUAACCGGCUGGACAGUUCUGGUAAAACUGUUUUGCAAGUAGCAGCAGAUCUGACAGAUGAGACCGUCAGAGAUGAGAUUAUCAAGGCACUACUGGUAAACGGGGCCAGCUUACAGCUUGCUUUGAUUAAUGCAGUACGCGAUGGUGAAAUCAGACUAGUGAAAGUACUGCUUCAAUUUUGUAAUGGACAACCCCAAACAUCACCAGACAAAAUCCUUUCUGUCACAGGUCAUGGUGCCCAUGCAACACCACUUGCCCUAGCCGCGUGUUUGGAGGACUUUCAAAUUGUCAAACUUCUUCUUGAACAUGGGUUCACCAUUGGUGAUCCCAAAAAUGUCCCAUUGUCGACAGAAUUCAAUGAAGCGCCUUGCCUGAAGCUUGGCCCCGCCGUAUAUCGUUUAAAUAAAUACCGCGCACUGGCCAGCCACUCGUUUAUCGCGGGGUCUUUUCUGCAAGACGUGCAGCGUGGGUCAGAUCCAGUACUUCGAGCUUGUAGCUUGAGCAAGGAACUCCGUGACAUGGCCGAACAAGAAUACGAGUUUAAAAGUGAAUAUCUUAAGCUUUCUGAUGGCUGUGAAGAGUUUGCUAUGUCGCUCCUCAACAAAUGCUGCACAAUGCAAGAGAUCAGAUGCAUUUUGGAAACGAAGAGUAAAAGCAAAAUGUUCUCUAAAUUGGAGACGGCUUCGCUAAACGUGCUGGAAUUUGCCGUCCAUGCCAAAACGAAAAAGGUACGUUUUAAAGUAUUUCUUUAAGUUAGGAUUCUUAGACAAUAGCGUUUCCAAAAAUGGAUAGUACAUUUGUGUAAAUCACAAUUUGCAUGAAUGUCUAUUGUAAUGUAAAAGCACCCCGGAUAAAAAGACGAGCGCUAUUUUGGCAUGACUUCAUUUGCAUUAUGUGCGUGCUGCUCAGGAGAUGAGGCAGGAGACUGCUUGCUUUAAGCCGAUACAAACGUCUAGACGUUUGUCCGAAAGAUGAGAAAAAAAAAACUGGGCAUAAAAAUAACAGAAUUUAAAGGAAGAACAGAGUUUUGACUGGACAAGUUUUAACCUAAAGGGUAAGUUACUUUAAUUUGCUUCUUUCGGCUGAGUUGAUGAACUAAUUUAAAAUGGCCACCAGAAAGAGAUCCAAUAUCUGGCUCCCAGGUAGAUGAAGCUCACCCACAUACCCGAGCUACACCGGGUGAGCCAAAUUUUCAUACAUUUUCUUACAAAACGGUGGCGAACCGUUUACAAACAAAAAGUUGGCCCGGUUAGAAGGGUGAUCCCCUAACUGGGCCAACUUUUCCCAUAUUUACACUUUGACUCACUCAGCCGGCCGGUCAACUCCCUCAAGGAGAGGCACUGUUGGCUCAGGCAAAGGUGUUAACGUCUCAGCGCGCCAGCGCCUCGUCGAAUCUCUCUGAAGAACUCGAAAAUGUAGCCAAUUGUUCGUAAUGUCAUGCCCAGCUUUUAAGCUGCAGUCCCUUGGCAGUAGCUAAUUUACUUUAUUAACUCGGUUGAUAAAACCAUUUGAUAUGUUUUAGUUUUGGAAAAGGAAAAAUCUCAGCUAUAUUAAUGUAAGUAGUUAAAUACUUGAUAAAAGGAAUAAUUUCCUUUUAAAAAGGUAUACUAACCACAGAGUUUUACCUUCCAGUUCGUCGCCCAUCCCUACAGUCAGCUGGUUUUAAAUUCAGAGGUCUACAAAAACAUGCCUUUCCAGGAGGUGAAAAGUCUUUGGAAGCAGUUGGUGUUGGCGUUACUGGCGUCUUUGCUGUACCCGUUGAUUACCGUGAUUUGGUGUUUUUUUGAGAGCUUUUUUCCCGAACAUAAAGUGACCAGAAUUUUCCAUUCUCCUUUAAUGAAGGUUCUUAUGUACUUUGGAUUCUACCAAACAUUUCUGUUUCUGCUGGCUUUCACAUCAAAUACAAGUCACUUUCUGGGCAGCUACUCAUUCAGUGGUAAGAGACGUGGGAGAGAAUAGUAUGAUUUAAUUGCACUGUGAAUGCCGAUUCAUCGCCCAAUGUAAGGGAAUCUAAGACAGCCUUGGAUUCUGGAUUCCAAGUACUAGAUUCCAGUUUUUGUCGGUGGAACUUGGAUUCUGGAUUCCAGUCGUUAUUGGGAGGAUUCCGGAUUCCUUGAGCUGUAUUUCGGAUUUCACAAGGAAAGUUUUCUUACGAAUUUUUUGGGACAAGCAAACAUUUCCCGGAAUCCGGAAUCGGGAUUCCCUUGCAUUGGGCGGGAUUCAAGACCUCAUAUUACCUGUGUCUCCUUUUCACAGAUGUGUAUAUCCUUAUGUUUGUCAUCGGGCAAUUGGUAGACAUCAUCAAGGACGUUCUCCAAAAAGGAAGAGCGCGCUUCUGGUCUUACCAUUGGAACUACUUAAUCGUGGCCACAGUGGUGUUAUUCUGUGUCGGUCACAUCAUUUGGUGGAUUGGCUAUGCAACUCUUCCAGACGCAUUCCGGUCAAUGACGCUGGAGGACAAUGCCGUAAAACGCUCGUACACGAUCAUGUUGUCUUCCGAAAGCUUUUUAUCAUUGGGAAUCCUUUUUGCUUUUGUCCAAAAUUUCUCAUUUUUUCAAGUAAACGCCAGUGUUGGUCCUUUGCUCAGUGCAUUUUCACAGAUGCUUAUUGACGUGGGAAAGUUCUUUUUGUAUUUCGCUUUCAUUUUUGUGGCAUUUGCUGCUAGUUUCACAAAGCUUUAUAUUCAGUACAACGCGGCCAAAGAAUACUUCGCACUGGGGGAAAUAGAGGAAAAUCCUGAAAAGCUGCAACGGUGCGUUUACUGAGCAUAACGACAUACUAUUUCAAUUAAUCGCAAUCCACUCUUGGGUAAUCUUAUGGCAACGGCUUAUUAUUUUUUCUUGUUACUUUAGGUUGUAUGGCAGUGCAAACGUGAUCUUUUGGUCGCUUUUCGGCGAAAUUGACUUUGAAGAUUUUAGGAUUGAAGAAAGUGGCUACGGUGCCAUCUGGAGAACGGGAAUGACGUUAUUUGCCCUGUUUAAUAUUGUAGCGGUUCUUGUGGCUCUUAACAUGCUGAUUGCGAUACUCAAUGAAUCCUACACACGAAUUUCAGUAAGUAAAGACUAGUUCUGCUUUCUUUAAAAUGCAAUCGUUGUGAGUUGCAGCAUUUUUCCUGUCGUGCUCAAUUAUUGAGGUUGAGAUUCGUGAAAUAAUUAUUCCAUUUAACAUGUUCAGUUGAAUUCUCUGGUGUUUAACCCAAUAAUGUGGAUAAGGCUGAGUUUGGUUACCUUGAAUGUACACGUUCUUACUUCUUUCAAAACUUUUAUUAGAAACACUAGGGUUUUGUGAAAUGCUUUCUGCGAGACCUGGUGCAUAUUUUGCCUGCCAUAGUGAACUGAGCACUGGGAUCCCGUCCAGAUAAACCGUUUUGGAUUUUCCUAAUAUAGUAUUGUGGGAUUAUGAGCUCUAACGAUGCUGGUCCUAACACUUGCCUAAGUAACACGUAGUAAAAUUUGGUGUGGGUUAUUUCUUUUAUGAUUGAUAGGAAAACUUGGAUACUGAUUGAUAGGAAAACUUGGAUACUGAAUGGAAGUUCAAGCGAACAAAAAUGUGGUUAAAUUGGAUUUACAAAAAAAGCGUUAUUCCGCCACCAUUAAGCAUCGUGUUUGUUUGUUGAUUCAAUAAUCUUCCAGGCUUCUGGGUUCCAUAAUCGAAAACAUCUGUUUUUGAAAGCUUGUUGUCCUGUAGCCACCUUGGUAAGUAUUGAAAUAUAUUUAACAGUGUGCGGAUUUUCCACCCGUUCUACAUUUUGGGUUGAGGAGAGACUGCAAAAAAGGGAAGCAAAUACGAUUAACACAAAUAAAGAACAGGUAGCACAACCCAUGUCCUUACCGUUUUAUUCAUUUUAAAUGUCAACAAACGAAAUAUCCAUUAAUGAAUUCCAAUCGGCCUCGUCAACCACCUAUAUAAGCCGCAAGAAGCUGCAAGACCUGGACACACCUCAAUCGCCUUCGCACUGGAUGGGGAAGAUCGCUAUCCUCUCUCAAGAUGAUUUGCGCCAAAUGUCGAUAAAUGCCGGUGUCCCUACCUGCAUUUACCUGUGCCCACUCUUCAAACCACCCAACCGGCAGGGUUAUUUUGCAGAACGCCGAAGGACUCUGAGUUUAGUGAUUAGGGUUAGGAAACCGAGUGAGUCAGGUUCCAUAUAGUGUCAUUAUACUCGGAAAACUGAGCUAGAGACCUGAAACUUGAUUCGUUCAUGAUCAGUUUCCUAACGCUAAUCACUAAAUUUCAGAGUAAUUUGAAGUUCUGCAAUCUCCGAAAGCCGAAUGCGGGACGCCGAAUGACUCUGAAGUUUAGUGAUUAGGGUUAGGAGACUGAGUGAAUCAGGUUUUAUUUAGGGUCAUUAGACUGGAAAACUGACCUGAAACUUGAUUCACUCCGUUUCCUAACCGUAAUCACUUAACUUUAGAGUCAUACAGCGUUGGGCAUUCUGCAAAAAUACCCCUGCCGCCACCCAAUUUUUCAGGCGGCUUAGCUGCUCGUGUAGCCGAAACCACCGAAUGGCUAGAGGAUGCCGACAUCCUAGUCUGAACCUCAGCGUAGCUGAUGGAAGUUAAAUUCAUCGACGAUGUUUAGUAGGGUACCUAUAAUUCGUGAAAUUCUACACUAGGCUUCGGCUCCGUUAUUUUCUAUGCCUACUGGACAACAUGUUAGUAGAAACCAGUUACGAAGAAAGGACAGUUUCUCACAAGACAUAUCAAUAAGAUAACUGACGCAGAAAAGUAGUGAUACAUUACAGUACAAAGUAGGUAAGCAACGGCAGGGGAGCUUAGCUACAAUCGGUGACAAAAUUGAAGAGACACUGUACUCAGAUAAGGUACUUUCUGCACCUCUCACCUCUCCAGCCCCUUCUUUCAAAGUUAAGAUUUUUUUACAGGUAGCUUGUACAGUGGCAUAACAUUCCUUGGGGGUGUGGGGGAGUUGGAGCUUCCUUUUCCCCUUUUGAAGUGAUUAAAAAGCCACAAGGGACUGUCAAGGGUAAAGGGCCUUAACUGAUUUUGUCGACUACCGUCUGGCUGAAACUCUUUGAGUGAGAUUUUCAGUUGAUUAUUAGAAAGUAUAGUGCCACUUUUGUGGAUGCUAAUAGGCAGCUCUAUACAACAGCCAUCUCCAGGCAGUGGUCACAAAUUGUGCGGUCCCUUCGGAGUACUUCCUAUAAUGGCCUAUGAAAGGAAGCUUCGCUGCUAAAAGGCACCUUUAAUUAUAAAAUUUGCCUUUAAGAAAUUCAUGAGGGUCAUAAAUUUAAGCACUUCUAACACACACAUUUUGUGACUUUAUUAUUUUAAUUUAGCAAACGCUAUAUAUAGUAAAGACAAGAAGACUGGGAUUUUCAGUUUUUUUUUAGUAGUCCCCAUCCCCGGAGUUUGCCCGGAACACCAGCCCAUACAUUAAAUGCAACCGUUUCGCUAAGGUCAAUUAACAUGGCAGUGACAAUAGAGAGAAAACUCUAGAAAUUCCUGGACGUAACCUACAAACAGAAGUUAGUAAUGAAUUUGUUAGACUUUAUACUCAGAUUCACGAAGUAGAUAUUGAAGAUUUGUACAUCCUUGAAUGAGUUUAGUGGAGAUCUUGAGACUCACCUCCAAAACUGAAAUGCAUGGCCGCCCAAAAAUAUCGGUAGCGGUCGUCCAGGCCCCGGUUGUUCAAACGUUGGAUAGCGCUAUCCACCGGAUAAAUCACUAUCCAGCGGAUAAGUAUUAUGGAAACCAAUUACGCUAUCCACUGGAUAGAGAUUUAUCCGGUGGAUAGCGCUAUCCGACGUUUGAACAACCGGGGCCAGAUAGAUAAGGUAUUUAACAAUUAUUCAUCUAGCCCGAAUGCGCUGUUGAGUCAAUAGCCCAUGAGGCCGAAGGCCGAAUUGGCUAUUGACUCAGAGGCCAUGAGGGCGAGAGGAAUAAUUGUUUUAGUAAAAUCCAACUAGCUCGUAAAAAAUAUCGAGACAAAACAACUUUAGCUGGUUAAAGCUAGACUUUAGUCCUCUUUUUGCUGCCAAAAAGCCGGCGCUUUUGCUACUAUUGGGCUAUAACAUAUAGCCUAGUAGUAGCUCAACCAAUCAGAACGCAGCAUUGAUCAUAGACCACUUGUUGAAUUUUACUAAUUAUAGCUCUCUUACAGUGAGAACUGCUUUAUUUUUUUUCGUUAACUGCAGGUGUUUUUGGAAAAGUUGUUUAAGAGAAAGCCUGUCAAUAGGACUGCUUCAAAAGUGAAAAGGAUUUGCGAGCAGGAGGUAAAGAAAGCUUACAUUAUCGCCCGUCCACACGAAACGCCAAAACGGUGGAAAUAUGAUAGCAUCCCUUGCAGGACAUGCCCUGUAAGAUGUAUAGCAUCAUCGCAUUCCGAAACCCCACUUUUUGUCCGUCCACAUCACAUAAAAUCGACAAGCAGGCGUUUUCUUGCACACUCCACUCUAUUUCGAAUUGUAAGUUGUUGGUGCUCAAAAACGUCGUUUAGUGUGGACGCGGGAGACCGAAACGAAGAAAAAAAUAUCCAUUUUCAAAAAUAUCUGGAUACGAGUGGACAGGGUCUUAGGAUGGAUUUCUAAUUUAUUUGCGCGCGUACAGUGUAUGAGAAGUUCUGCGAGGUUACACUUCAUGUAUUGCCUCUAUUUUUUUACGCGCAUAAAAUUUACGUGCGUACACAGGUGUUAUACUACUACAUUAGAAAUUUCUGCGAUUUGAUUGGCUUAGAGCAGUGGUAUUUCAACUUAAUUUGAAAUACCUACAUGUGAAAAUUACAAACCUUUUGCAGGUAGUAGUAUAAACAAAUAAUAGCAUGAUUUGUACAUAAUAUUUGGCAUAAAUACCACUCGUGAUAUUUCAAAAUUGUCUCAAAUUUCACUCGCCUGACGGCUCGUGAAAUUACGUAUAACAAUUUUGAAAUAUCACUUCUGGUAUUUAUGCCAAAUAUCACUACAAAUCAUGCUAUUACCUAUACAAAUCCACCUUAAAAUUUUACGCGCGUAAAUAAAAUAGAGGCAAGUUAUGAAAGGUCUCGGUAAACGUAAAAGUUGAACCUCGCUCAGCUUUUACGUUUAGCUCCACCUCCCACACAUUGCCUCUGUUUUAUUUACGGGCGUAAAUUUUACGUGCGUACGCAUGUAAGAUAUUUGCAACUGUGGAAAUUCACCGUUAAACGCAAAUGCUAUUUUCAUCUGAAAGUCAUAAACAUUAAAAGUCUGAAAUCAAUGCUGACUGAGUGCAAGUUUAAUUUGGCAAUCACCAUCAUAGCCGCAUACAUUUUUCAUUUUUUUGUUUUCUCAGAGACGAGAGGUAAUUCGCCAUCUUGUCUUGAGGUAUCUGGCUAAGAGAUCGCGUUAUUCCGCGGUCAGAAGUUCAGAGAAGGAGUCGAACCACGAGGCAAUGGCGGACACUGAAGAACCAAUUCUGGAGACUUGCCAAUCAAACGACACAGGAACCAUAAAAGAAACUGGCUUAUAG